UUUUUUUUUUUUUCUUUUUCCUUUCUCUAGACAUCAUGACAACAGUUUUACGACGGGUUAUACAAAGUCCCUUUGGGUUAUUCCAUUCAUCAUCACAUAGUUACCUAGUGAAUGGCUAUUUAUCACGUACAACAACAACAACAGGGUGGCUGAUACAAGGUCGUCGAUAUGGUCAUGGUGGAGUGAUAGAUCCUCAUCGACUCAAAGCAAGUAAAGGUGGACGACGGGUGGCUUCCAAUAAACUGUUACAAUCCAUUCGAAAAGGCGAUCAACAAGCAGUAUGGACACAAUACUUGGCACUUCACGAUGGACAACAACUGAAACAUUUAUUACCAGAAUAUCAUUCCAUGUCACUACGGGCACUUGGAUUACAACAUGUAAUUGCUUAUGGACCGAAAGAAAUUCAAGCUAUUAAGGAACGACUUAUGAUGAUCUGGGCCAAUAUGAAGCAUUGUGGACAUACACCUGAUAUCCGUGAUUAUAACCAUAUGCUUGGGUUUGCUGGUCGAGCAAGUGAUUGGACUUUAUGUGAACGUAUAUGGAUAGAAUUGAUGGACAAAUCGACAAAUAAAUCAUCUUUAUGGGGAUUGAAACCAAACGUAUAUAGUUACAAUGCUUAUAUGAUGGCGGCUAUUCAAUGCAAACAAUCUGAAAAAGUGGCUUCUAUCUUCAACAUGAUGUAUCAAAGCGGAAUUCAACCAAACACUUUCUCUUAUAAUACUUUGAUGGAUGCGUAUGGACAUUUGGGUGAUGUGGCAGAAGUGGAUCGAAUCUUUGAUAGAAUUUUUGUACGUCAACAACUACAACAACAACAUAAGACUUUUUCUUCACUUCUUCAUCCGAAAAGGGAACAAUCUACAAUUUUGGGACGACAAGUUGCUUCUUUGACACGCCAUGCACCUAUUAAUAAUAAUAAUAAUAGAAAGAAUUUGACACCUACAGUGGAUACUUUUAUGUCUUUGAUUGAUGCUCAUGGACGACAUGGUAACACGAUGGGAUUGGAAAUGAUUUACAACAAGAUGAUGCCCGAAUUCAAGAUUGAACCUACUCUUGCGAUAUACAACAGUUUGAUUCGAUGGUACUGCAAUAAAAGCGAUCUGGAAACUGCAAAACAAUUGAUGUUGGAAAUGGAACAGCGUGGCAUCCAACCCAAUGUGGUCACCUUCAACUAUAUGUUCCGUCAUGAGGCCUUGAAACGCAAUCGCCCUGGUGUUGCCGAACGUUUAUUGGAUUUCAUGCAUCAAGUAUAUCAACUUCAACCUCUUCAAUCCAUGUACCGUCAGCUUAUCCGUAUUCACAACAGACACAACAGAGAUCAAGAAGUCGAACGCCUGGUCCGUACUUAUGAACAAUCCAUAUCAUCUACCAAAUCAAAAUAGAAUUUUAGUUCAGUUGUUGUUUUAUAUAUAUUAUUAUUGUUAUUAUUAUUAUUAUUUAGUUUAUAUCCUUGUGUUGUUUCCUUCAUUGUGUAUAGAUACUUCCCUCCCUCUUCUUUUCUCUGUCAUCCUUAU